AUGAGCAUCUCCCGGUGGAUUACUUCUUGGCGGUCGCUUACCUGGUGGCCGCCGGUCAGCAACAACCUGGACAGCGUGAAUCAGCUGCACCUGAUGUUAAAACUUUUUGGCGUGUUGGUUUACACGGUGACCGAUCGGGUUCGCUACCGGAUUCGGGUGACCUCCAGGGAUUGGCUGCUGCUGGCGUCAUUCACCAUCUUUCGGCUGUACGGAAUGCUCGACGGCCUGAUAAAUGGAUACUGGAGAAUAUUGGUGCAAUCCGAUCAGGCUGCGGUGGCAUACGGGAUGGGGUUCACGCUGUUUCUCAUGAUGGCACUGUUUGCGGUGAUUCCGGUUUAUCUGCUGAUUCAACAUAAACGAUUCGGGGAUUUGUUGAUUAUUUUACACGAGUUUGAUGAGGAAUUUAUGCAGUACGGAUAUCCUAGAGACCACCGAUAUUAUCACUUUCAGACAACAAUGUACCUAUCAGUUUGUCUCACGGUGUUAACAAUAUUUGGUGGGGUAAUUACCUUGCAUCCGGGUGACUCUAUGUGGACAGCAGCGACUUUUCUAGUAAACUUCAUUCAAACGUGUUUCGCUAGCACUCUAUGCCACGCAGCUCUGAUUAUUACCAUACUUUCCAUCAACAGUAGGAUGCAACUGUUAAAUCAGUGCAUUAAUGAAAAACUACACCAAGCUGGCAGUUGGGAAAAUAAGAGGAAACCUGAUUUGGUUAAUCUUAUGGCCAGGAUGUACGAUAAAUUGUGUGAUGCGUCGGAAAUCAUCAGUGUCGUGAUGUGCGCCCCACUUUUCCUAAAUUUUAUCAACAUUUUCUUUCUGCACGUGAUAUCCUGCUAUGCCUGUAUGCGAGUACUGCUGAACCGAGCAACCCCUUCAGAAGCGACGAACGCAGUGCUGUACCUCUGCUGGUCUGGUUACUUUAACCUAUUCGUAUUUCAAACGGUUGGUUUCGCUACCGCUCUCAGACAGCAAACGGCCAGGUUUGCGGGCGCAGUUCACAGUUGCCUGAAUCAGUCCCAUAACCAGUCCAUCAUCGAUCGAUUGCAGCUACUGUCGGAGCAAAUCGAUAACCGGGGCCCGUUCAUGACGUUCUUCCUGUUCGAGCUCCACCCGUCACUUAUCAUUCAGGCUGGGGGCGAACUUGCAACCUACAUGUUGAUUCUAAUACAAUUCGAAAUGCAGUAA